AUAUUUGACCUGGAAUCCAUCUGGUCCUUUCAGCUCACCUCUGAAACUGUUUGUUUUCUUUCUAAGCAGGUCUUCAGUGUGUGUUGUGAAAAGACAACACGCUGCAAGUCUCCACAGCUACGUCAGCACGGUCUUCAGUGAGACUUCCAGCUUCAGGGACGAGUCGAGAAACUCUGAUUGUGUCGAUGAGAUCGAAGCAAAGGUUGCUCCGAAGCAUCGGAUCACAGACGCAGCAAGCAAGGAGAGAUAUUGCAGCUAAAGUACGGAGACAUCAUUGCUGUUAAGCUACCGAGUUUGCCCAACAAACUAAAUAUUACACUGUAUGGACAGAGACAGACAGAGAGUAAGAAUAUGCAGAAGCACGUGGACGGUCUGAGUUAGUUGCUACUUGUUUUCGUCUGGUUAACAGGCAGGUUAUAUGCUACUUUUCACAGCCAGAGCGGCGAGAGAAGAGAAUGGAAGAGCUACUGUUAUGGUAAGAAGAAGAAGAAGAAAGAAGAAGAAGGAAGAAGAAGAAGAAGAAGAAGGAAGAAGGAAGAAGGAAGAAGAAGAAGAAGAAGAAGAAGAAGAAGAAGAAGAAGAAGAAGAAGAAGAAGAAGAAGAAGAAGAAGAAGAAGAAGAAGAAGAAGAAGAAGAAGAAGAAGAAGCGAGUGUUCUGGUUGGCUCAGAGGACAUCAUGGACGGUUUGAGAGCGAAGCUUUCUGCUGGGACUCUGGGGAAGGAGGGGGUGGGCACCGAGGAGGGGCAGCAGGCGACACUGGACACGAACCUCGCCCCCUGACCAGCCUCGUUCAACCCCGGACUCUCCCUCUCCCUCGUCCU